AUGUCACUUAUCACCGCUAUUGCGCUGCCUUCAUUAGACCAUUCCAUCAAUAGACCUAUGAGCCAUCUUCUAUUGGUGCGAAGACUCUCUCAGGAUUCAAAAAGGAGAAGAAAGUCUCAGAGUUUAGAAGUUAAUCAACCUUCCACCAGCUUUCAACCUUUCGCCAGUUUUCAACCUUCCACUAGCUUUCAACCUUCAACCAGCUCUCAACCUUCCACCAGCUCUCAACCUUCAACCAGCUCUCAACCUUCCACCAGCUCUCAACCUUCCACCAGCUCUCAACCUUCCGCCAGUUUUCAACCUUCCAUCACAUCCCGAGAUGAGACAUUUUCCGAAAACUUUACACCUUCCACAAGUCAACAGCGGGUGGCUCGCUUCAGAGCAAAACAAACUGAUGCAGAUCGAGAACAGCGAAAGAACCGACUAGAGAAAAAACGAAAUCUUCAAAAGAAAAAAAGGCGGAUGGAGAUCACCUAUGUUCGGGAAGCAAGGAAAGAAAAAGACAGAUUGUGGCACAACUUAAAUAAAGAAAAUAAGACUGAAGAAGAGAUUGAGGCAAGAAGAGGAGUUGACAGAGUGCGAAAAAAACUCAAUAGAGCGAAUGAAACUGAAGAGGAGCGUGAGGCUAGACGUGAAGAGGACAGAGUGCGACAAACAUUGAAUAGAGAAAACGAGACUGAAGAGGAGCGUGAGGCUAGAAGAGAAGGGGACAGAGUGCGACAAAGAUUAAAUAGAGAAAACGAGACUGAAGAGGAGCGUGAGGCUAGAAGAGAAGAUGGCAGAGUGCGACAAAGAUUGAAUAGAGAAAACGAGACUGAAGAGGAGCGUGAGGCGAAGAGACAAGACGACAGAGCGCGGCAAGACAAGAGACGACAGGUUGAAACUGCGGAGCAGCAGGAAGAUCGCCAUUUAUCUGAUAACGAGAGAUACCGAAUGCGUGUACAUGAACGCAAUUUGAUGUUAAAUAGUUCAUCCGAUCGUAUUCAUUUUCACAGGACCAAUCAACACCAGGAUGAAAUAAAUACCCGAAUGGCUGCAGACGCUGAAAGACAUCGUAUAACACGGCAACUUGAGACUGCCCGAGAGAGAAGUCACAGGCUUGAACAAGAGAGGACACGACACGCAAACAGAAACCUUAUAUGCUGGCAAAACCAACACAACAGUGGAUUCCUGUAUGACCCGCAUAUAAACUAUAGUCAAGCUGCAAAUAUUGGAGAAUUCAAUAAAGCUUGCAGAUUUUGUAAUGCGUUGACAUGGGAAAAAGAACCACCUGGAAUAUGCUGUGCUUCAGGUAAAGUGUCCCUUGCGCCUAUUUUAGAGGCACCCGAGCCUCUCCGGUCUCUUAUAUCAGAAAAUUCCCCUCAAUCAAGAAACUUUCUUAGAAAUAUCAGAGCUUACAACAGUGCCUUCCAGAUGACAUCCUUCGGAGGCAAUGAGAUCCGGGAAGGAGCCUAUAUGCCAACAUUCAAGAUACAGGGACAAAUUUAUCACCUGAUUGGGUCUCUUUUACCACCACCUGGCCAGCCACCAUCUUUCUUACAAAUAUAUUUUGUAGGAAAUGACCAGGAUCAACUUGAAAGAAGGCGAAAUUUGUUUCAAGACCUUGAACCUGAUGUAUUAGCUGAAUUGCAGACAAUGCUGAAAAACAAUAACUCAUACUUACUAAGUUUUAAAUCUGCGCUAGAAACAUUGCCUCUAGACUUACCUGAUUUGAAAAUUGUUAUUAGGGCUGACAGAUGUCCUGCAGGAGAACACCCAGGCAGAUAUAACGAGCCAACGGUCAGUGAGGUUGCUGUGUUGAUGGUCGGGGACCCCAGUGAUAAUCGUGAUAUCAUCUUGAACUCAAGAGAAGAUGGUUUGAAGCGAAUCUACGAAACUCACCGUUCAUAUGAUGCCCUACAGUACCCACUUAUGUUUUGCAGAGGUGAGGAUGGUUAUAGUUUCGACUUGAAACAUGUAGAUCCAAAUACUAGAGAGCCAACCAACAAGAAAACAAGCUCCCGGGAGUUUUAUGCGUAUCGCAUAAUGGUAAGGGAAAACGACGCGAAUCAUAUUCACCACUUUAAACAGCUUUUAAACCAGUACUUAGUAGACAUGUAUGCAAAGGUGGAGAGUGAAAGGCUACUAUAUGUCCGAACCCAUCAAAAAGAGUUAAGAGCAGAAAAUUACAUACACCUCCAAGAUGCUCUUAGACGAGAUGACAACGUAGAGCAAAUGGGACGAAAAGUAAUUUUACCAUCUACAUUCACUGGAGGACCAAGGUAUAUGCAUUCAAGAACUCAAGAUGCUUUCUGUUAUGUUCGAAAGUUUGGGCGUCCUGACUUAUUUAUUACAAUGACAACCAACCCAAAGUGGCUAGAAAUAACCAAUGUGAUUACAGAAAUGCAAACUGCUCAGGACCGAUAUGAUAUUGUUUCCCGGGUUUUCCACCUCAAACUGCAAAGCCUCAUGACGGUUCUAACUAGAGGUCAGUUAUAUGGCUCAGUACGAUGCUACAUGUACUCGGUGGAAUGGCAGAAGCGUGGCCUUCCUCAUGCACAUAUUCUGAUUUGGUUAGAAGAGCCUAUUCCUCCUAACAGAGUUGAUCAAGUUAUUUCCGCAGAGUUGCCAAACCCUGAGGAUGAUCCUAUACUUUCUGAUAUAGUUAAGACUCACAUGCUACAUGGCCCGUGCGGAGCUUUUAACGUAAGGCAACGGAGACUUCCCUGUAUGAAAGAAGGCCACUGCAGCAAAAGGUACCCUAGGACGUUUGUUAAGGAAACAACUAUGGCAGACAAUGGAUAUCCCACAUACAGAAGACGCGCUCCAGAGGAUGGGGGUCAACAAGUUCUUAUUAAAGUUGGGAACGAAGACAUUGCAAUGGAUAAUAGUUGGUUUGUACUGUACUCUCUUGUAUUGUCUCGAAUGUUUGAAACGCACAUCAACGUUGAAUAUUGUAGCAGUGUAAAGUCAAUCAAAUACAUCUGCAAAUACAUCAAUAAGGGCACUGAUCAAGCUACAUUUUCCAUGGUUGACACAGAUGAAAUUCAAACAUACCAGAGUGGUAGGUACAUUUGUUCGUCUGAGGCAGUAUGGAGGUUGUUGUCCUUCCCUAUUCAUGAGAGAUACCCUUCUGUAAUGCACUUGGAAGUUCACCUACCCGAUGAACAAAACGUUUAUUUUCAACCAAAUAAUGUGAGAGACAGAAUGGAACAAGAUACUACUCUCAUGGCAUUCUUCAACCUUUGUCAGACUGAUGCUUUUGCCAGGACUUUACUCUACAACGAAGUUCCCUCCUACUAUACGUACACGAAACAAAGAGGUUGGAGUAGGAGACGAAGAGGAACACCAGUGCCAGGACAUCCUGAUGUAAGACAGGACUCUUGCAUAGGAAGAGUGUAUACUGUCCAUCCUAACAGCAGCGAGCGAUACUAUCUUCGACUGCUUCUGCACACCGUUCGAGGUCCCACAUCUUUUGAUGACCUUAAGACCGUUGAUGGUGAAUUGCAAGAAACAUUUCAGUCUGCCUGCAGAGCUCUCGGUCUUUUAGAGGACGAUGUAUGUUGGGAAGCAACAAUGAGAGAGGCAGCCGUCGCAGACAGUCCCUCCAAGCUGAGAGACCUUUUCAGUGUGCUGGUAGUUUUUUGUAACUUGAGUCAUCCCCUCGAACUAUGGACGUUGUUCAAAGACUCUAUGUCGGAGGAUUUCUUAAGGACUGCUCAACAGGUGGAUGAAAAUAUAACAUUUCAAAACAGUCCUAACCUUUAUGAUCUGUGCCUGUCAAAGAUACAGGAAAUUAUCACAUCCAUCGGAGGACUUCAGCUAGAUAGCUAUGGACUUCCUGUUCCGGCCACGGCAAACAACCAUUUUAACUUUGAUUAUCUAAAGGAGACCUGUUAUGAUCGAGUUGAACUGAACGAAUUUGUCACACAGAACUUACCACAACUCACAGAGGAUCAACGAAUUGUUUAUGAUCGUGUCAUCUACAGUACAGAGAAUCCAACGGACAACAAUAUGUUUUUCCUUGAUGCACCUGGAGGAACAGGGAAACAUUCUUAA